CAGGGGCAACUGGGAGAGACGCUUUACGCUCACACCAGAGGCUACGCGACAACACUGGAAGUAACUGUCGAUGUCUGAAGCCCUUUUCAGUCUCUACAGAUAAGUUGGCGUCACUUUAGAAGAAAGUGAGCUGAGAGAAGUACACGGAAGAUAUGGCGGUCUAUUUUGAUCACCGCAUUGAGGCCCCUGACAGCAGUGAUGUACCCUUUCAGUUGACCUGGCACUCAAGUCUUCCUAUAUUGGCUGUGGCCUCAAGCAGUCCUGCCACCGGUGGAAAAGUAGACCUGUAUCUGCAGCAGGGGGAGCAUGUGGAGAGCUGCCAUGUAGUUCGUCCUCACCAGCCCACAGGGCUGCGCUGGCAUCCCACAAAGCCAGUUUUAGCGGUAGGCUGGGAUAAUGGAGAAGUAGUGCUGCUGACACACCCCUCUGGAGAUCAAACAGUCUUGCCCGGUGUACAUACAACCACCAUCAAACUGCUGGAGUGGAGCAGCUUUGGCAGCCGGUUGGUAACAGGUGAUGAGUCUGGAGCUUUGGCAGUAUGGAAGGUGGAUGCGAGAGGGAGACUUCACGGAAACCACCUUGUAAAACAUGAAUACAAGAAACCUUUAACUUGCUGCAUCUUCAGACCGUCCACACCUGGAGAUGAUGUGGCAAUGCUAGCUCGAGCAUCUGUGAGAGGAGAUGAGCGUGCGCUGGACAAGUUUAGCUGGAAGGGGGCACCACUGAAGAUGGGGCCACAGGAGGGACUUGGAUUCUUUAUCUGCACUGCAGAUGGUAAAGUCCAUAGUGUGGAUGAGUAUUGUAAGACGAGUGUCCUUCUCAGUGUGGAGGGCUCCAUCAAGAAACUUCUCUACAUUGAGAAGACAGAGGCCCUCGCAGUGAUCACAGAGAACCUCAUGCUGUCACAGUAUGCUCUCGGACCUGAGGGUGGAGCACAGGAGAUUAUGAAGGGUAAGUUGAGCAGCAAAUCCGGGCAGAAUGUAGACGUUGUGUGGACAGAAGAUGGCCUCCUCAUCACUGCAUCCGGGGAGCAGGUCAUCAGGCUGUGGGAUCUGGAAAGAGAUGACAACUAUGUUUUGUCUCUUGAUGAGACUCUGGGAUAUGAGAGGGGAGAGAUGAUCAACUGUGUUUCAUACUGUGCAGGCAAAGAAAUCCUAGCAGCUGGCACCACCAAUGGACGCAUAGCAAUGUGGAGGAUGGUGGUGCAGUCGGGUAGCAGUAGAGGUGACACUAAGCCCCAGUGGAAACUGCAGACACCAACAGAAAUUGGAGGAAAUGUCACUCAGCUACAGUGGGGCUCCAACCUGAAUCUCCUGGCGGCAAACAAUUCAAACACAGUUCUGAUCCUCUGUGAGCAUGUGAUGUCAGCCCACUUCAGCCACCAGGUGGCAGCAGUGCAGCUUUCCCCAACACAGCUCAACAUCACUCAGUUCCACACAGGUCUGCACUUUUCUCUGCAGUCUGACAUACAUGUCAGAGGGGUGUGUGUUACUAAGGACUCAGUGACGGUCUGGAAUGGCAAGCAGGUCACUGUGUAUGAGCUUUCAGGGACAAGUCUGCGCAAUACAGGAUCAUUUCCUUGUGAUUCGCACAUGGUGGCUGUACACGGCGAGAAUCUUUACACUGUAGAACCAAACCGGGUACAAAUCCGCACACCUCAGGGCACAGUGAAGCAGCUUUUAACCUUCUCCAAGGCAGAAGGUAACCCUGUACUACUCAAUGUGCGCCAGUCCUAUCUGGUGGUGGGCACAGACACGGCAAACAUCAGAGUGUUCGACCUCUCCAGAAGAGAUGCCAAAGCUCACUGCAGCACCAAGAACCUAGCUGACCAGAUUCCCAAUCUGGGAGCACUAAGGUCAGUUAAAUGUAAUGCUAAUGGGAGCCAAGUCAGCAUCCUAAUCUCUCAGGUGAAUGGGCGACCUGAUCACAAAGUGUACUUUUAUGAUGUUGAGAUGGACACUGUGACACACUUUGACUUCUUCACUGGCAGACCUACUAGUGGUAUCUCACAGCAAGAAGAAAGUGAAAAGCAGCAGUGGUCGCUCAGCGGUCGCUCUCCUGUGUCUCAUUUCUGGGAUGAGAGUGAACCUCGUCUUUUUGUCUGUGAGACUGUGCCAGUCAGCUCUGAAUCCAUAUUAAAUAGUUCCUUGGAUAUGGUGGAUGUGUUGGUGGUGACCCUCUUCUGCACACAGGAGCAUGGGCUCCUCCUGCAGGACUGCUCCCCUAGACCUCCAGGCAUGCAGGCGCUCCUCGCUCUGGAUGUGCCCUACUAUUAUUAUAGCUGCAAGCCAGGUGAGAAGGAUCAAGGGUUAAUAGAGGUUUCGGCAUCGUCAUACCAAACCCAGCCAACGACAGGGACGCCCUCCCAGGUCCCUCAUAUGGUGUCCCGGAAAGCUCUUAGAGACUUUGUAGGUCUGGAGAACUGUGAGAAGGCCACUCGCGACGCCAUGCUCAACUUCAGCUUCUACCUGACUAUCGGUGACAUGGAUGAAGCCUUUAAGUCUAUAAAGCUCAUCAAGAGUAAAGCGGUGUGGGAAAACAUGGCACGGAUGUGUGUGAAAACCCGCCGGCUGGAUGUGGCACGCGUGUGCCUUGGGAAUAUGGGAAAUGCCAGGGCAGCAAAAGCACUAAAGGAGGCGGAGGCUGAGCCUGAACCAGAAACCCAAGUUGCGAUGUUGGCCAUUCAGCUCGGCAUGCUGGAGGAUGCAGAAAAUUUGUACAAAAGCUGUCAGCGCUAUGACCUGCUGAACAAUUUCUAUCAGGCUUCUGGUAAUUGGCAGCAGGCUUUGGAGACAGCUGAAGUUCACGAUCGCAUCCACCUGCGCGCCACGUACUACAGUUAUGCCAAAUACCUGGAAUCCAUGGGCGACAAGACACUGGCCCUCACUUACUAUGAGAAAUCAGACACACACAGAGUUGAAGUGCCCAGAAUGCUCCAGGACGACACGUCAUCUCUAGAGAUUUAUGUUAACAAAAUGAAAGACAAGAGCAUCUAUAAGUGGUGGGCCCAGUACCUGGAGAGCCAGGCAGACCUGGAUUCUGCACUACAUUUCUACGAGUGUGCUCAGGAUUAUCUUUCCCUCGUUCGAAUCUUCUGCUACAGGGGGGACAUUCAGAAGGCGUCAGAGAUAGCCAACAAUACGGGGGACAGAGCAGCUUCUUACCACCUGGCCAGGCAUUAUGAGGGACAUGAUAUUAAACAAGCUGUUCACUUCUACACACGAGCCCAGGCCUACAAUAAUGCUAUACGACUUUGUAAAGAGAACGGCCUGGAUGACCAGCUGAUGAACCUGGCCCUGCUCAGUAACCCAGAGGACAUGAUGGAGGCUGCGUGUUACUACGAGGAGAAAGGCUCCCAUUUGGAUCGUGCUGUUGCGCUUUACCACAAGGCUGGCUAUGUGUCCAGAGCUCUAGAGCUGGCCUUUGCCACCCAGCAGUUUGGUGCUCUUGAGAUGAUCGCAGAGGAUCUCAAUGAGAGCUCAGACCCAGCCCUCCUGGCUCGCUGCUCUGACUUCUUCAGCACACAUUCCAAGUAUGAGAAGUCAGUGGAGUUACUGGUAGCAGCCAAGAAGUACCACGAAGCCCUGGAACUGUGCGUGACGCAGAACCUAACGAUCACAGAAGAUUUGGCCGAGAGAAUGACUGUACCUGAUUCGAAGGAUAUGUCCGAAGAGGCCCGCAAGGAGCUGCUGGAGAGGAUCGCUGACUGUUGCAUGCGGCAGGGCAAUUACCAUCUAGCCACUAAGAAAUACACACAGGCUGGCAACAAACUCAAGGCAAUGAGGGCGCUCCUGAAGUCAGGCGACACAGAGAAAAUUGUUUUCUUUGCCAAUGUUAGUCGUCAGAAAGAGCUUUUCAUCUUGGCCGCCAACUAUCUCCAAUCUCUAGACUGGCGUAAAGAUCCAGAUAUCUUAAAAACAAUUAUUGGUUUCUACACUAAAGGCAGGGCACCGGACCUGCUUGCUGGCUUCUAUGAAGCUUGUGCUCAGGUGGAGAUUGAUGAUUACCAGAACUAUGAAAAGGCUCUGGAUGCUCUGACUGAGGCAUCAAAGUGUCUCUCAAAAGCAAAGGACGCUUCAAGCGGACAACAGGAAGUGCGACUGGCUGAUCUGCAGCACAAGAUUGCCUUAAUCAGGAAGUUUGUCCACAUACGCAGUUUGUACAGCGAGGACGCCAGCGAGGCGGUGCAGCUGUGUGAAGCCCUGCUGGAGGAGCCAGAGCUGGACCCUGCUGUGAGGAUUGGAGAUGUGUUUGGUUUCCUUAUCGAGCACCACUGUCAGCAAGGCAACUUCCAAUUGGCCAAUCGUAAACUGGAGCAGCUCCAAAAGCUGUUGCCAUCCCAGAAUGUUAGCUACUACAUCAGCCAGGCCAGCCUAGUGGCCCUGCAGAAAGAGCUUGGUAUACCUAUGGAUCGCAGUGACAACAUACACAUCUCAAAGGAGGAAGACGAAGUGGAGGAGGAUUUAAACAUGUUUUAACCCAGUGAAACUAUAUCAAAUAUAUCUGCACUUUUUCAGACCAGAAAUAACUGUGGAGUUAGUUUUGUCCAAAACAACUUACAUGGGAGAUAUGAGGCUUGCCAAAGUCACAUUAUGUGGACUGAGCACAGCAUCUGUUUGCAUUCAAAGGCACUCGACUAUCAGAUAUUGAAUGAGUACUGUGGAAAACACGAAAACUAAAAUGUUCAAAACUCAUCAGGGCAGUUGGUCAGCGUGUGUGUGUGAGCUGCAAAACAUCAAAAACCUACACAAGAAACUGUAAUAUGGAGUUAAUGUAUAUGACAAACUUGGCUGAGGUUGCAACAUUUUCCAAAAUGCUGAAUAUCAUGAACAUUGAACCUCUAUCCUCUGCAAAGGGAAAUCAUGUAAUGCAGCUGUUUUAUUCUUAAAUUUAAAUCCUAUGUUUAACCUUUUUCCAGCAGCUUUUGUGAACGCAGAACGCCUUUGAGCUAAACUUGGCUCUGAAUGAUGUUAUAGAUUUAUCUCUGUGGCUUUAUGAACGACUGUUUUUACAGGGAUUGAUUUAUUCCUCAUGUCUGACUGUGGUUUACACACAUUUGGUACAAUUUAUUUUCAUAUUCAGCUGAUGUAUUAAAUGUAAAUAUCUUCUCAGUGUCUUGACUCAUCUCUGUAAAGCCUUUUGGAGCUAUUUUUGAUAACACAAGGCCACGUCUAGCAGUACCGUAGACUGUGAAUUAAUUGCAUUGUUCUUAUACAUUGUAAAGUUCCCAUUAAAACAUAAAAUAAAA